GGAAAAGGAAAAGAAAAGAAAAAUACACCCAGUCGUCAUGGAAGCCAAAUUCCGGUCAGAUACCGCAGGAAAGCCCAUAAGAUGCAGAGAUCAGUUGUUGCACGAUACAUGAUCCCACAGCUGCGGUAUGCAGAGGAGCUGGAGAGCCCCUAGUGAUGGAAGAGAUUCAAGUAGCUCCUCCCAAGAUUGGGGAGGUUCGAGUCAAGAUUAUUUGCACGUCCCUUUGUCACGGUGAUAUUAGCUUCUGGCGAUCAGAGUCCGGGCCAUUCUCAUUUUUCCCAGGAAUUUUUGGUCACGAAGCAGCCGGGAUUGUUGAGAGUGUGGGGGAAAAUGUGGUGGAAGUACAAGCAGGGGAUUUAGUACUACCAGUAGUGCAGAGGAACUGUGGAGAAUGCAGGGAUUGCAAAUUUAAGGGCAAUGCUUGCACCAAAUUCCCAGCUGCAUCACUCAAUGCGAUGCCAAGGGAUGGAAGUAGCAGGUUUUUGGACAAGGAUGGACAGCCUUUGCAUCACUUCCUUUUUGCUUCUAGCUUUUCUGAAUAUACUGUGGUGGAUAUGACGCAUCUUGUGAAAAUCAGCCCUGAGGUUCCAGUAGACAAAGCCUGCUUGCUCAGCUGUGGCGUGACCACGGGAGUUGGUGCUACAAUGAAGGCUGCACAGAUUGAGGAGGGCUCUACGGUAGCAAUUUUUGGACUUGGAACAGUGGGACUUGCGGUUGCAGAGGGAGCACGGAUACGUGGAGCUUCAAAAAUUAUUGGAAUUGAUAAGAAUCUUGAAAAAUUUGAAAUUGCUAAGAAGUUUGGAGUUACAGAUUUUGUUAAUCCUACUUCUUGUGGGAAAGAUUCAGUGAGCCAGGUAAUACGGGAGAUGACAGAUGGUGGUGCUGAUUAUUGCUUCGAGUGCGUUGGAUCAACUUCCCUCAUCAGGGAGGCUUUCGAUGGUUCUCGGCAGGGAUGUGGAAAGACUGUUAUAUUGGGUGCGGACCUUCAUGGCAGCCCGCUAAGCAUCCACCCUCUUGAGAUCCUUACGGGGAAAAGUAUAAUGGGAGCUACUCUUGGAGGAAUCAAACCCAAACAAGAUAUUCCACACCUGGCUCAAAAGUAUCUAAAAAAAGAGCUACGUUUGGAUGGUUUCAUAACACAUGAAGUCAACUUUGAGGACAUAAAUAAGGCAUUUGAUUUGCUUCUCCAAGGGAAGAGCCUUCGUUGCAUUAUAUGGAUGGAUAGAUAGAACCCAUCCUACUGCAGUGUCGGCAAAAAGACACUUGAGAAUUUGCCAAUAAACAUUGUAUUUACGGUUGAUAUCUAAAAAAAAAUUAUGUGAUCAUAAACUGUACGUUCUCAAUUUUGGCUUUCCGGGUUUCACUUUUAUUUGAUAAUCCAACCCAAAAGGGGGGAGAAAAUUUUAUGGGUUC